UUAUUUUUCCUUUAAAAUAAAAACAAAGGGGAAAAAAAAAAAGAACCAAACAAACAACGAAAGAAACACUCCACCCAACGACAGCUCUCUCCAAUAAUUCCUUUUCUUUUUCCCUUUCAUUUUAAAUUUAGAUUCUUGAAUUAUCCUCCGGUUCGAUCUAGUGAACCGCGGGUUUCUCUCCGAUCAAAGAAAAUAGUCUCCAACGAAGAAUAUCAAACCGGAAAUCGGCGGCGGAGGGAAGCCUAAAGAAUGUCGGCCGAACAAAAGGAACAAGUCCCAAACCCUAAUGUUAACGACAACGAUAAUUUGAACAGUGAAAGUAAACAAGAAGAACGUCAGUCAUCGACGAGAACUCCUUUUACUAAUCUCAGCCAGGUCGAUGCUGACCUCGCUCUUGCUCGAACCCUCCAAGAACAGGAAAGGGCAUAUAUGAUGCUUAGCAUGAAUAAUGAUGGAAGUGAUUAUGGGAGUUGGGAGGGUGGAAGCUAUUUAAACGAUGAUGAUUUCAAUGAUCUCCAUGAUCAUGACGAUACCGAUGACGAUGAUGAUGAAGGGGAAUAUGAUGGCACUGAUGCUGGUGAUGUGGAUGCCUUUGAUUUUCAUGGUCAUUCUGAGGAUGGUGAGGAUGAUAAUGACGUGAGUGUUGAACUCGAUCCGGCUGAUUUUUCGAGUGACGAGGCUUAUGCUAGAGCACUUCAGGAUGCUGAAGAAAGAGAAGUGGCUGCUAGAUUGUUGGCCUUAGCUGGGAUUAAUGAUAGAGGAACUGUUACCUUAGAGGAUCAUGGACACGGUGGUAACUCUCAGGAUACUUGGGAGGAAGUUGAUCCCGAUGAGCUUUCAUACGAGGAACUUCUUGCACUCGCUGAGGUAGUUGGAACCGAGAGCAGGGGUCUUUCAGCUGAUUCAAUUGCCUCCUUGCCUUCACUGAUAUACAAGGCAGGAAAUAGUCAAACUGGAACCAAUGAUUCGUGUGUCAUUUGCCGUGUAGACUACGAGGAUGGUGACUCCUUAACAGCUCUUUCUUGCAAACAUUCAUAUCAUCCCGAGUGCAUAAACAAUUGGUUGAAAAUAAACAAGGUCUGCCCUGUUUGUAGUGCCGAGGUCUCGACCUAAUGGCGACGUGACUGCUUGUUUUUAAUAUGCAGAAUGUGUCUUCUCUUUUGUAUGGGAAAGAAAAUAAUUUGGUAUCAGUUCUCUUUCGUAACUUUUGUGUUGAAACCACCUUUGGAAUUAGGUUACUGUCUUUUAUGACGCCAUUGGCUGUGUAUUUUUAGAGAAAAAUAUUUUUUUUGAUAAUGAAAUUGGAAACAUGGAAUAUAAA